AUGAAAAGGGGUGUGAAUGGUCACAUUUCUCUUUACUUGGCAAUAGCAGAGAGAAAAACCCUUCCUCUUGGUUGGGAGGUUAAUGCCAACUUCAAAUUGUUUGUGUACAACCAUAUUGAAGAUAAAUACUUAACCAUCCAAGAUGUCGAAGGGGGAAUUAGGCGGUUUCAUCGGAUGAAGACUGAAUGGGGUUUUGAUGAAUUGGUUCCUUUAGAUAGUUUCACUGAUGCUUCCAAAGGAUAUCUGCUUGAUGACUGCUGUGUGUUUGGAGCAGAGGUUUUUGUUAUAAAAUAUUAUGGCAAAGGCGAAUCUAUGUCAAUGAUGAAGGAUCCUUUGAACAAGGGUUACACUUGGCAAAUUAGUAAAUUUUCAGCAAUGGAUAAGGAAUUUCUUCUCACUUGGAAAAUUUCUAAUUUUUCAGCAAUUGAAAAUGAAAGUUUGCUCACCGAAGAGGUGGUUUUUGGAGAGCACAAGCGGCAAUUAAAGCUUUAUCCCAAAGGAUUGGGAACUGCAAAAGGUAAAAACCUCUCAGUUUUUCUGCAGCUCGCUGAUUGGGAAACAAUUCCUUCUGAACAGAAAGUCUAUGCUGAAUAUAAGUUUGUUAUAAGGGACCAGGUCCAAGUAAUCAUUUCUACAAGGAAGAGGAAGUUACCAAAAGAUGGUUCAUUCCUUCAGGCAUUGGCUAUGGUAUAG